AGUAAACUACACGUCAGCUCUCAUCGUCUAUGUCAUGUGGUAGGCACAAUAUAAUAAGUCAUUCUUAAAAUAAAAUAAAACUAUAAUUGAAUUGAUCGAAAUACAGUACUGGAUACAAUAAUGAUUAAUUACAAAGGCUACACUCUGCAUACAUACGGGAGCUGGUUAUCAAAUUAGUAUACAGGUCAUAUAUUUAAACCGAAAAACGCCAAUGUUCCAGUUUGAUGAAUGAAAUAUAUAUCAUGGCAGGAAAAGUUGGUUUGGAGGCUAGUCACCGACAAGUUCAAAUUGACGAUGUACGUGUAACACUAGGAGAAGAAUCUGAGAAUAAAAUUAUUGACAAUUAUGGUUGUCCAUUGUACGAGUGUCUAGCAAAUACUGUCCGGUGUCUAUUAUCACGGAUACCGGUUCGACGAAAAAGCACAAGCCGUGAUGCUGGAACCAGUGUUGACAUAGAUCUGUCUCGAAGUAUUGAAUAUUAUACAAACAAAGAAAAUAUACAAACAAGUGUUGUUGAUCUUCUAACUAAACAUUCAAAACAGUUUAAGUCUGUCUUGGUACUGCUGGUUGACGACGUUCCAGAAGAAGCUUUACCAAACAAUCAGUCUGAAGACAAAGACUACAAGAAACACAUGAAGAUCUUUUAUGAAAAGGUUAUUGUGAAUUGUAAAAGUGGGAGUACGUAUUUACCUUACGUAGUAUUAUGCAUUUAUGUCGUAGCGACUUGUGUUAAUACACCCAUAUACAUUCUUACCGAAAAUGAGAUAGGACAGAGGCAAUGGGCCUACUUCCAGCCGUUAUUUCAGUAUGACGGUCAGCCAGAGAGUGUUAUUGAAUACGUAACAAUGUACAUGUCACGUGACAAAGUUUUCCAUAAAGUAGAAUGUGAUGAUAAUUCUGCACCGGUACCACAUGCAACUGGACUGGUUGGCAUGUACUUGUGGAGUUUAGAAGAAACAUCUCCACUUACUAUAGCUGUGCCAGAUGAGUUGCUAAGAUUGCCAGCAGCGUCAAAAUCAAAGCUGUGUUAUAGUGUUAGCCGAGAAUUAGUUUCGGAAUGCUGUGAAUUGUUACUGAAGCAACGUUUGGUUAAAACAGAGGAUUACAAAAGGAUGACUGCACACAGAUCAUCUAGAGUCGACUUUUCCAUGUUUGUCACAAACACGCAAGAUGCAUUCAAUAUUGUAUGCCAGGUAUUGCUGAAACGCCGCGAAAAGUCAAUAUUAAAGCCAUUCGUGAACAACUGGAGUAUAUUUGUUAAUACCUGCGAUUUUCUGGCAAAAUUCGAUGCACUGGUUGACCUUGACAACGCUAUUUAUGAAAGAAAUGUAAGCGUUUCAGCUUUCAUAGAUUCUUGUAAAACUGUUGGUCUGGAACUGGACGAAAGAAGAAAGAAAAUAACAACGGCCGUGAUUGCUAGUUCAUCCGUCGGUAUUGCAUCAGGAGGAAUGCUUAUUGCUGGAUUAGUCCUUGCCCCCUUUACUUUCGGUGCAUCUCUAGGACUGAGUAUAGCGGGAGGGGCUAUUGGUGUGGGCACUGGUGUAGCUGCAGGUGCUGCUAGGACAGUAGAAGCAGUCAAGCAGAACACACAAAUGAAAAACAUCAAAGAAGAACAGGAAAAAAUUCAACAAAAGGAAGAAAGAGUAGCUAAAGCGCUUGAGAAAAUUGAAAGGCUCUUUCAAACAUCAAUUAAAAAGGCCGACACGACUGGGGCAAAAGAGCCACCAAGUUUAAGCAAAGGCAGCUUCCUUGCUGUUGGUUCAGCAAUGAGAGCUUCACAUAGUGCUGCUGGGAUAGCUUUGGCAGCAGUUAAAAUUGGUACGAGAACAGCUGCAAUUUCUGCGUCAGUUUUAGGACCUUUAUCUCUAGUGUUUGAUGUGGCAUUCCUAGCAGAAGCUGCUCAUAACAAAGCAACGGGUGACAAAACAAACGCCGGAGAAUUAUUGCGGAGACAUGCUGAGACAGUUGAUAUGAAGUGUAAAAUAUUCAACAAUAUGCUUCGUGGAAAUUGUGAGGAACAAAAGCGAUUAUUUGAAUGGAUGUAAUUGUGAAAAGUGUGAGCAAAUGUAGCAUUACGGCCACUAACAAGGGAUAUUUAUGAAGCACUGGUUUCAGUUAUUCUUAGCUCGACUGUUUGAUUUUUUUCUUCAGUUAGUAGAGGUAUUGUUUACACCUUUCUGUCGGGAUCGGUGUUCGCGUCGGAAUGGAAUGUUAAAGGCAGACGUGCAAAAAGCCUGGUACAAUUAAAUAAGCUAAAUGUCCGA